AUGCGGUCCUUGGUUCUGAACCUCAUCAGCCUCAUCGUCCAAGUCAUUGCCUAUGUUCCUGGAAGCAGACCGGUUUGUGUGGACUUUGAUGCAUGGGACAGGCGCACGACGGAAAAGAUUUUCAUGAAUUUCCAGACUUCGGAGGCAGCUGACGCGGGCUGGGCCACGCGGGAGGCCGAGCGUGCGGCAGAGGCCGCGAUCCUGGAGGAGCUUGAGCUCAGCCGUAGCGAUGCGGCCCAACUGUGGAGGCUGCGUCAGCGUUUGGGUGACGGCAGCUACAACCCUGCAUGGUUGGCGGCCAGACGAUGGAGACUAACUGCUGGAAGGUUUUAUGCCGUCCGCAGGGUGGGAAAGCACAGAGAGUUGGCCAAAGGCUGGUUGGACCAUUGGUGGUAUCGAGGCCAAGAGAGGUUGAACCACAAGAUCAACAGGUCACACGACUUCGAGGAUCGCGUGCUUCGCAAGUACCGGCAAAAGCAUGGAAGCGGUGUUCAGGAAGUGGGCCUCUUUGUCCAUCCCGAGCUCCCCUGGCUUGGUGCGUCGCCAGAUGGACUCCAUUGCUCCGAGGAUUCCGAGGGAGGCGAGCCCCUUCACCUCAUCGAGAUCAAGAGUGCCAGGACCCUCCUCGGUGCGAGGUCUCCAGCCUGGCACCAGGUGCAAGGUGCCAUGGCCGUUGCCUCGGCCGCGCUGGGAACGCCCAUCAGGAGCUGCAAGCUGAUCGAUCCCGUCGAGACGUACAACGUGCGCUUUGAUGAGGGAUGGUGGUCGAGAUAUUUGCUGCGCUUGAAGAGAUUCUACUUCGGAACCUUCCUCCCAAUGGCAGCAAGGCGCAUGCUUCGGAAGUGGCAGUGGGCGGCAAAAACGGCCCAUUGA